AAUCCUGCAAAAUAAUGUUCUCCCUUUUCUCAUCUGGGGCGGUGAAUCCCCAGAAAGGGAUUUUAAACCAUCAGGGUGUGAACUUUGAGGUAAAAUUACAGCUGAGCAAGUUUAUAAAUACAUAAAGUGCACAAAUAAAUGUUGAUUUGGUUAUCCGGAGGAAUCUCAGUUGCAGCAGGUCCUCACACCCGAAAGAGCAGAUCUGUAGAUCAAAUGCAACGCAGGCAUAGUUUUAUGGUGAAGAGUCUAAUGGUUGCUGUUUGAAGUAUGGCCACUUAGAUAUCCUGCCUAGGACGGGGCCCUAUUGUCGCACCUUUGUCCUGAUAAGGGGCCCCGCCCCCAUUGACCAAGUGCGAACGGCGGGGAGGGCCGCGACAAUAUAAGAGGCUGCGGGAGUGUCAGAGCAACGCUGUCUAUCUCUGGUGACUCGUGCUCCUGUGCUGCUGUCGUCCAUCACUCGGAACUCAUGGAUUUCCUGCGCGCUUGUGUCCUCUGCUCGGCUCUCCUCGGCCUCGCCAAGGCCUUUAUGCACCAGGAUAUGAAGGACGCGCUGCUGCACAAACUCGGGCUGGAUGAAGUUCCAAAGAUCCAUAAGAGGGAUCUGGAGAAUCUGGUGGUGCCGGCGCAUAUCAGAAACAAGUACACGUCCAUGCUGAAGAUGCACCACAGCAGGAGACGCAGAUCUCUGCCCAGCCUGGCGGGCAUCCUCAGGGGAAUCCCCGGUAAUGCAGAUAUUUUCGGGGAGUAUGUGUAUUCUGACACCACUCGGCAACGCAUGGUGUUCGACAUGGAGGCGAGGAUCCCGGAUAACAGCGAGGUGACCAUGGCGGAGCUCAAGCUCUACCAGCGGGCUUCCUACCACAAGCGCUUCGCGGUGGAGAGGAAGAACCACCGGGCUGUCAACAACGCUCGGGUCAGCCUCUACUGGGUGGAGGUGCUGCCCAACGGAUCCAACCGGACAUCACUGGUAGAUUCACGGUUGAUCCCCAUUCACGAGACCGGCUGGAAGAGCUUUGAUGUGACUCAGGCGGUGCACUAUUGGUCCAAGACCCAGCAGAAGACACCUAUGCACAUGGAGGUGUGGAUCGAGGGCGAGAGACCCGGCAGCUACGCGGCAGAGUUGGCCAAGAGUGUCCGCUUUACCACCCAGGAGCAGACGGACAACACCUUGGGGAGGCCCGAGCUCAUCCUCUACACACUGAACCUCGAAGAAUACGGUUCCCACGGCGACUGCGACGUCAACCACAACAAAGGCACCUGCUGCAGGGAACAGUACUUCAUCGACUUCCGCUCGCUCACCUGGACCCAGUAUUGGAUCAUCGAGCCGGCGGGGUACCAGGCCUUCAGCUGCGCCGGAGGCUGCAAGCAGCCCAGGCGUAACUACGGCUACGGGGAGCGGCGGUGCACGGUGGCGGAGAGCGCCCCCUUGCCCAUCAUGUACCUGGUGAAGAAGGGCGACUACACGGAGAUAGAGGUGGCCGAGUUCCCCAACAUGAUCGUGGAGAGGUGCGCGUGCACCAUGGACAACGUCUCCAUCGUAUGAAGCCGCCGUGUGGACAGAAGUAUUAUAGGAAUAUCUUUGUGUCUUUUCAUCGGGGUGUUGAUAUAUUUAAGGCUUUGAAACAACACAUCUAGUACUUUCUAUUUAAAUGGACAUUUAUCUGGAGUUCCUCACGCGACACCAAACUCCGUCUCCUUCCACAAGCACUUUCACAUAUUUGUUUAUAUUUUUUUGGUUUUGGUUUCUUCACAUUUGCACGAGUCGCGUCGAAUCUCGCGGGGCGAUCGUUCAAAUUCUGUCACAUUUGUUUUCAAGCUGUACAUAAUAGUGAUGAGUUUAUGUUUUGAAAAUAAAAUAUCUAGAUUCA